GGGCCCAGUUUUUAAGUUAUAUGGACCUCACCUAUCCUAAAGUAUUAAAUGCAUAGAAAUAAAAUGAAUAGAACAGACUAAUAAUUGACUUGAAUGGGGACUCUCAUUCUAUUCAUUGUUUCUAUGCAUUUAGUCGUAUCCGAUAACUUGAAAAUCUGGGCCCAGAAGAACAUGGUGUUUACACAACUAGAUGUCACUUAUUUUGAACGUUACUGCGCAAGUGUGUGUUUGUUCCGUAGCACUCUUACAUGUACAUGUACAUCAGCCUCUGUAAAGAAGUCAGGACCUUUAUGGCACAGGGUAGGGAAGACAUCUCUGAUGAACCAGUAUGUAAAUAAGAGGUUCAGUAACCAAUACAAGGCCACUAUAGGAGCUGACUUCCUCACCAAGGAGGUGAUGGUGGAUGACAGGCUGGUCACCAUGCAGAUCUGGGACACGGCUGGGCAGGAGCGGUUUCAAUCUCUGGGUGUGGCGUUCUACCGUGGGGCUGACUGCUGUGUGCUGGUCUAUGAUGUCACGGCGCCCAACACCUUUAAGACUCUGGACAGUUGGAGGGAUGAGUUCCUGAUCCAGGCCAGCCCCAGAGACCCAGAUAACUUCCCCUUUGUGGUGCUAGGCAACAAGAUUGACCUCGAGAACAGACAGGUGACAACAAAGCGUGCCCAGGCCUGGUGUGCCAGUAAGAACAACAUCCCUUACUUUGAGACCAGUGCCAAGGAGGCCAUCAACGUAGACCAAGCAUUCCAGACCAUCGCCCGCAACGCCCUCAAACAGGAGUCUGAGGUGGAGACGUAUGACUUUCCAGACCAGAUCAAACUGAGAGACGACCGAUCCUCCUCCUCCAGCGACGGCUGCUCCUGCUGAGACCAACGAUGGACGGACGUUGGAUGGAGGAGAGGACAUGGGUGCAUCGCAAUAGUGCUCCUUGUCUCCUUUUCGUCCUCUGCACUGGUGUGAAAGAUUGGGACAGGUGAAGCCAUCUCCCCACAUCCUUCCUGUGUUCUCACAUCGGUGCAGAUGAAGGGGAGGAAGCCACUUUAGACUAUUGAGAUGCACCCCAUGAAGAGAGGCGCCCCCCGUCU